AUGACACCCACGCCUCUCCCAUGGAGCCUCCUGGCUCUAUGCACCACCAUCGUCCUCGCCGACACCUUCCCCUACAACCCCACCCGCGCCCUCCGCGCCCCCAACUCCUCCUUCGUAUACCUCUUCCAGCCCUCCUCGCAAGGCCUCAACCAGGGCGUGCUGCGGACGAUAUCUCUCAGCAAUGGCUUCGACACGGGGAACUUACCCCUCACCACCAUCGCGGACAGUCUGCCGUUUUUGAAAGAUGACACGCUGGUGCCUUAUACGCCUAUGAUCGAUGAGUUUGGGAAUAUCACGGUCGUGGCUGGGAGUUGCGCGAGCGGGGCGGAGGACACGGCGCUGUGGAGGUUCACGCCGGAUCCGAGCAGUGCGCCUGGCAAUGGGUCGUGGGUGCAAUACGACAUUUCAGAGCGAGAUCUACCGGCGGGAUCCAAUCUCACAGGGACGAACUUUCUGGCGAGUGGAGUGGCCUUUUCGGGAUCUGUGGCUCAGGAUGAUGGGGAGUUUGGAUAUUAUCUGUUUGGAGGCAUGUGUCCGUUCUCAAGCGAUACGACCGCGACGAACUGGGUGAAUGACUCGGCGUAUUCGAAUACCAUGCUGCAAUUCGCGAGACCGAGUGCUGGGGAGUGGACGUACGGGAUUGAUUCGAUCGCGAGCAGAGGACCGCCUGUCGCGGAGGCGGGAUUCACCAUGACGGGAUUGACGCCCACAUUCUCCAUGAACGCCAGUGGAGGACCGCAGAGCCAGCAGCAGGAUUUCCUGCUCCUUGGCGGACACACCCAGCAGGCGUUUAUCAACAUGUCGAAUGUGGCGCUGUUUUCGCUGCCUCAGGAGAGUUGGGCGUUUGUGGCGGUGGAUCAGCCGAGUGGUGUCAAGACGGAUCUGGCGACAAGGCAGGCUGUUACGGAGGUGGAGCCUAGGUCGGGGCAUACGGCUGUGCUGUCUGAGGAUGGGACGAGUAUCAUCGUUCUGGGCGGUUGGGUGGGAGAUGUCACGAAUCCGGCACAGCCUCAGAUUGCAGUCCUCCAUCUCGGAUCUGAGUAUGGCGGUGAUGAAGCGGAGGCGUGGACCUGGACGGUACCGACUUCGACUGGGAAUGCUGUCCCUCCUGGGACGGGAAUCUAUGGCCAUGGAGCGACGAUGCUCGAUGGCGGGAUCAUGAUGGUCGCGGGAGGGUAUUCGAUCACGGCUUCGUCUUCGAGGGUUGUGAGGAGGGCUCAGACGUCUGUGGAUGGGGUGUAUCUCUACAACACGACUUCGCAUGCCUGGAUCGAUUCGUAUGCUCCACCGUCUCCGUCUGCUAGCGCUGACAAUCAGUCUUCGGGCCCGUUGAGCAAGACUUCAGAACAAGCUGGGCUUGGGGUUGGGCUGGGAGUGGGAGUUGCUGCUUUGGUUGGAGUGACUUGUUUCUACUUCUGGUAUACCAAACGACUGCGGCAACAGCGAGAAGAUCGAGAGCGGGAACUGCUGGCACAUUCUUCCGGUGGAUCGUUCAUGCAGCUGGAGCAGCCGUAUGCCGGGCACGGCGAUAUCGAUGGGCAUGGUGGAGAUCCCUUCGCCAGUCACCAAGACUACAGCACACCGAUGGAACAAGCAGACUCGACGAGUCUGUUCCUGGAUGUACCGAGCCCGAAUCGAGGACUGCGAAAGGGGUUGCAGACUCGGCCGUAUAUGUAUCACCAGGCUCCCAGGUAUGAUGAGCGAAGGCUCAAUCAAGGGAGUGGCAACAUCCAUCCUAUCCCGGAGAGCGCGGACGAAGACAGAUCGAUAAGAGGAGAUGAUGACCAGGUCAGAGAGUCGGCGGCCGUCCACCAACUUCGAGAGAUCGAGAGAGUGCUCACGCCUGAUGCGUCUUCGAAUGAGCGCAGUCUGCGAGAUCUGCAACGACAAUUGAAGGCCAGCUCGCUUCCACACCAAGACCCCUUUGCGGAUCCUGAACCACAUGCGAAUCCACUGGGGAGCAAUCCUGUGUCGCCUAUCACGGAGACGGUGAGAAGGGUACCGACUGGAGCGAGUAGGGCCUAUAGUCCGACUCGACGACCCGUUCAUACAGAGCCUGACGGGUCGAUGAAUUGGAUGGUUGUGGAUGACGAGGAUGCUUUGACGGAUCCGUCGUCAAGCUCGAAUGGAAGAGCAUCACCCACCCGAGCAGACGACAGAACAUCAUCUACCCUCAGCGAGCAAUCGCAUCGCUCGCAUGCUUCCAGCAAUUCCAUCACACGGACCAUGUCGACUCGAACGGGAGCCUUACUUUCAGCAGCACUUGCAGCGAGGAACGCUCGUGAAGAGCACGAUCCAAGAUCACCUGGUGAGGAGCGAACGAGCACGAUGGGGACGAAGUCGAGUAGUAGUGGAAGGAAAUCGCCUUACUACUUUGACCAGCACCAUCGCAUCUCACCCACUGAGACACGAACACCGGGUGCUGGCAGACACUACGCCGACAAGUCGCAAGACUCCUUCACAACGGCAAAAUCCACCUUCGCCCAACUCCAAGACGAGGGACAAGCACUUCUAGGAGGCAGACCCAUGGCAGACAGAGACGACCCCUACCAACGAGCCAUGGCAGCCACCACACCCCAUUUCGACCGCAAAGAAUCCAUCCGCGACUACGAAACCCCACCCCGCCGAAAACAAGGCUGGAUCGGCUCCCUCCGCCGCGCCCUGACGGCCGUCUCCAACAGCGAACGCAGCUUCUCCCUCACCAGCAACACCACGGGCAUCGAACGCCCUUACGAAGACGAACCGCGAACCUCCUCCUCCUCGCCCACCCGCACCCGCAAAGGCGCACCUCUCCACCCCACGCCCUCCAACGCCAGCGCCAGCGGACCCCGCCGCGCCGUCUCCGACGGCAGCACGCUCCUCCGCCACAAACGGGGCCGAUCCGACUGGGAAAACGACAAGCACCACACGCCCUACUGCGACGACCCGGACCCGGGCGACUGGGGCGAACCGGCGCGGACGUCGCUGGACGAAAAAGCCGCGGAGAACGAAUGGGACGUCGAGGGCGAGGCGAGCAAGCGGGACGUGCAGGUUAUGUUUACGGUUCCCAAAGCGAGGUUGAGGGUUGUGAAUGCGGAUGUGGAGCGGGCGAGUUUGAGGAGCGCGAGUGAGGGGGCGGUGUCGAGGAGUGGGAGUUUGAGGACGAAGGGGAGUGUGAGUGGGCUGGUGAGGGGGGAGACGAGGGGAGUGUGGCGUCUGGUCUGGUCUUCUUUGCUGGAAUUUGUCGACUGA